GGAAAUCAGUCAUUGACUCGUCGGACACGAGAGCGCAAGGAGAUCGCCAGGAGCUGGUGAUCACUCCAAUAGUUGAUACAAUAGUUUUGUUGUAGCCGAUUUAUUUUGUGGAUUGGUAAAAUGGGCCAAUGGAGACGUAGCGCAUGAUUGUCGGAACAGCCAUUGGACAGAGUGAUUAUCGCAGACUGGGAAGAGGUGAAAAAAAAAAGAGAAGAGGGGCUUGUGACAAUCAGGACUGACACUGUCUUUAAUGUCUCGGAGUUUUGUCCUCACUGGUUGUGGGGUGUUCAUCAGUGACUGUUCGUCACCAGUUGAAUUUAUUAUCCUUGGAAUUUUAGUGGUGAAUUGAUAUGGAAGGUGAUCAAUCCUACAGCAUCAGGGGACUCAGGCCCCAUGAGGACAUCAGGAGCAGGCGGGUCUCCAUCAGCGAUCAGGUUGUCGGUAUUGAUAAUCCUGUCUUCGAUCAUCAUCGGAGGAUAAGUGCUACUUCACACGAAUCAGAACCAACUAGAAAAAAAUCUAUUCUACAUCAUAGCAAUGGAGAAAGUGUUGAGAAUAUACCUCAAUUUAAAUUUGAUCUUGAAAAUGGUAGGGUCAAUGGUCAGAGCAGAAAAAAAUCAGCUAUGAGUUUGUCCAGCUCGAUACGGGAUAAAAUAGAGUACUCCGACGAAUUGAAAAGUGAUUCUAGUUCAUGGCUGUAUUUAUUCUGCGCUCGUUGUCACGGACCCGAUGAUACCCCGUCCUGGGAGCCACCAGGUUGGCGACGUGCCUGUCCACGUCCCUUCUGUCCAACCUACAGAAAAUUUUCCAGAAUUCUGUGUCUCUUUCUACUUGGCAUAAUGGCAUGGGGCAUAACGUACUCAAUCGUCGGUGAGGAUGCUGCACCAGGUGGUCCACUAUUUAGUCUAGCUUGUUUAGCAAUAGUUGCACAUUUUGCUGGCUGGAUUUUCUCACUCACCACUUUGCCAGCACUCAUUGGUAUGCUGCUCACUGGUAUCAUAAUGCAGAAUGUUGGACUCGUCUAUAUUGAGGGAAGAUAUGCUCACGUUGUCGCUAAUCUGCGGAAGAUUGCGCUGGUGAUUAUCCUGACACGUGCUGGUCUGGAUCUGGAUCCAAAUGCUGUCAGGAGACAGAAGAUCACGAUGCCGAAGAUCGGACUGGUCCCCUGGCUCGUGGAGGCAGUUGUCGUGACAGUGAUGAGCAAAUAUCUCCUGGAUUUACCCUGGCUCUGGAGUUUACUCAUCGGUAGUGUUGUUGCUGCUGUAUCACCAGCUGUCAUCGUGCCCUGUCUCUUCAGACUCAGGAGCAAAGGCUAUGGAGUCGCCAAGGGAAUUCCCACAUUGAUUAUUGGAAUAUCUGGAAUCGACGAUGCUGUUUCCGUCGCUGGAUUCGGUAUUUUAAAGAGUAUUCUGUUCUCCGAUGAUACUCUGUGGUAUCAAAUCCUCCAGGGACCCCUAGCUAUCGUUGGAGGUCUCGGAUUCGGAGCCCUUUGGGGAUGCCUUGCUAAAUAUGUUCCAGAAAAGGGAGACCCUUUUAUGGUGCCUCUUAGAGUACUGAUGCUUCUGCUUGGGGGUUUACUUGCUGUAUUUGGUAGUGAGGCCAUUGAACUCGGUGGAGCUGGACCACUGGCUGUAGUUGCUGCUGCCUUCGUCAGCUGUUACUUCUGGCAGCAGGAGGGAUGGGAAAUUGAUGAUAAUCCAGUGACGAUAUCAUUCGAGAUCUUCUGGAUGAUCUUCGAGCCGAUUCUAUUCAGCGUUACCGGUACCCAAAUAAAAAUAAACGAAUUAGACAGUGGGACAGUUUAUCUGUGCAUCAGUUGUUUAAUAGCUGGAAUUGUCCUGAGAAUUUUAAUGACAGUUCUGGUUGGGGUUGGUUCACGAUUAAAUCUCAAGGAGAAGAUAUUCAUAGCCCUUGCCUGCAUGGCUAAGGCAACAGUCCAGGCUGCCCUUGGUCCAGUCACCCUCGACGAGAUAAACAGAAGUGAUCCAGAUGCUGUGAGAUAUGCCGAGACAACUCUAACACUUUGUGUUCUGUCGAUUAUCCUAACUGCUCCAACUGGCGCUGUUAUUAUUUCACUCAGUGGUCCACGAUUACUCACCAAAACUACCGAGCUCGUUGUGCCACAGGAAGGAUGGAGAUCCCGGAAGCACUCUAUCAGGGACAUUUCUAUCAUCAACGAGGAUCCAGACCUCGAGGAGAGCGCUGAUAGUAAAUCCUGAUUCGUCUGAUCCUUAUCUCUCUUGUAUUCCACCAAUUCCAUCAUUUAUUUCUCAUCUAUGAGGCGUCAAUCUGUACAUAUUAACAUUUACUUCUAUGUAGAUACGUGUAUUAAUUAUCAAUUUGUCUCAAUAUAUUAUACUUAUGUUAUGGCUUCAUCUUCAAUCGAGGGGAUGACAGCUCUAGUGAUAAUACAAUUAGUGUUUUU